AUGCCAGAAGAGACCGAAGCAGAGCCCGUCCCCCAGUUUGGCUUUAAGAAGCGCUCCAAAGCCAAGGCCACCUUGCGCAAGAAGCCUGCGACGCCACCUCCGGCCUCCGACUCCGACUCCGACUUUACUUCCUCCGACGACGAAGAAGGGCGGAGGAUCAAGAGGCGACGCAAGAAUGCGGCCGUGACCGCAUCUUCCACAUCGAAUGUGAUCCGCAAAGAACCCGACCAGCCUGCAGGACAUGCUGCCCCGGUGCAGUUAACGUCCAACGAUGCGACGAAGCACUCGGACUGGUACGAGGACGACUUGAGCGCAAAGAACCUUCUGGGGACAACCAGAGCACGGCCGACAGCAUCCGAGACCCCAGCAGCCGACGGAACGUAUAAAGGCGCAUCCGGUUACCAGUCCUUCAUUCAAAAGAACCCCAAUGCGCCCUCGAAGCAGUUCGGUCCGAUCAAAGCGCCGACCAACGUCCGGACUAUCACGGUGACGGACUACGCCCCCGAUGUGUGCAAGGACUGGAAACAGACAGGAUAUUGCGGGUAUGGAGACAGCUGUAAAUUUCUCCAUUCGCGUGAAAAUUAUCAACAGGGCUGGGAGUUGGAUCGCGACUGGGAAAUCGGCACCAAGGGCAAGCAGCUGAAAGGGCGAGUGGUCUCGCAGCGAAAGGGCGCGGGCAAGGCGGACGAGGACGAGGAAGAGGACGACGAUGAAGAUGAAUUGCUGGAGAAUAUCCCAUUUGCCUGCAUCAUCUGCCGCAAGUCCUACCAAAACCCCAUCGUCACCAAGUGUGGCCACUAUUUCUGCGAAUCCUGUGCUCUGCAGCGAUACCGAAAGAACCCGUCCUGUGCUGCUUGUGGGGCUGGAACUGGGGGUGUCUUUAACGUGGCAAAGAAACUGAAUGCCUUGCUGGAUAAGAAACGGGAGCGUGCACGGAAAUUACGAGAAAAGGCCAUUGCCGAGGGUGAAGAAGUUAGUGAAGAAGACGAAGAGAACGAUGGAUGA